UUUUUUUUUGACUUUUCCUUUUGAUUUUUGUGUAUUGGCGAGUAUCUUCCUAGACUUGUUCUCUUAAAAUUUUACAGCAUUAUUGUAUACGAAGAGUGACAUAGUCAGACACAACCCUUUUUUGAACUGUCUCCCUCUUUCUGAAGUGCAACUCUUACGUCUCCAACAAUGCCCCCAAGAAACCCAGACUCAGAUAAGAUCUUUGAUUUUGUCGUAAACAAAGGUAAUGGAAUAAAGGGUCUAGUUGAUACAGGCAUUGAAAGCGUUCCUGAGCUAUAUAUCCUACCUAUUGAAGAAAGAUUGGAAGCAAGCAAAGUAGUUCCAGAAGAGCCCAUUCCGGUCAUCGAUGUUUCCGAUUGGGGUGAUCCACAGGUUACAGAAUCAAUCUGCCAAGCUGCCAGCAAGUGGGGUUUCUUUCAGAUAAUUAACCAUGGAGUGCCCUUGGCAGUUCUUUAUGCCGUAAGGGAAGCAGCUCAUGGGUUCUUUGGGUUACCAAAUGAAGAGAGAAACAAGUACUGGAUAGGGAAUUCACCGACUGAUACAGUAACUUUGAAAACAAGCUUUGUUCCUCAGGCAGAGGGUGCUCUAGAGUGGAAAGAUUAUCUCACCUUUCGUUAUGUUGCAGGGGAUCAGGACCCAUCUGCCCUGUGGCCUCCUGUAUGCAAGGAUCAAGUGGUGGAAUACAUGAAGAGGGCUGAACCUGUCAUUAGGAAGCUGCUGGAGGUGCUAUUGAAGGGACUCAAGGUGAAAGAGAUUGACAAAGCUAGAGAAUAUACCUUAAUGGCCUCACCAAUAGUUAACUUGAAUUACUAUCCACGUUGCCCAAACCCUGACCUCACAGCAGGAGUACGUCCUCACUCUGAUAUAUCAACAAUCACUGUCCUCCUCCAAGAUGACAAUGGUGGCCUUUAUGUACGAGCAACUGAUGAUGAUGGCUGGAUUCAUGUUCCACCAGUUGAUGGGGCUCUUGUAAUCAACAUCGGAGACAUUCUGCAGAUAAUGAGCAAUGACAGAUACAAAAGCAUUGAACACCGAGUGGUUGCCAACGGAAGCAAGAACAGAGUUUCGGUCCCUAUAUUUGUGAAUCCAGGACCUGAUGCUGUUUUUGGUCCUCUGCCAGAAGUGCUAGAAAGUGGAGAGCGACCACUAUAUAAGGAAGUUCUCUUCUCUGAUUACUUCAAAUAUUUUUUCAGUAAGAAACAUGAAGGGAAGAAAACAAUGGACUUUGCCAAGAUAUGAUGGUCCCUCUCUUGUGCUUUACCCUUUCCUCUGCUUCCUUUGCCGCCAAAAAUUGAUAAUGAAAAUAAACAUGCCAUAACGGUUUCGAUUUGAUC